GUGACACAUUGCUCAUCCCAGGAAGAAUAUUCUUCUUUUCUCUUUAACACACAUCAGUUCAGAGACUCUGACAGUGAGAAAGGAAGGAGAAAAAGCCUCAAGAUGGUUGAAUUCAGAUGGAUUAAAGUGUUUUUAUUUCUAAUAAAGAUGCUUCAGUUUACAGCAGUGAAUGUACAAUCUUCCCCCAGCUUUGUUGUCAGAGUUGGAGAUGAAGUCACUUUGCCUUGUGAAAAUGGGAGACAUGAUCAGGACAAAUGUAACGGUACUUACUGGAUCUUCAGUGAUUCAGGAAGCACGUUAUCAUUACUGCUGGUGGACCGUGGGAAGAUUGUUGAAAACGCCAAAGCUAAGUCAGACAGACUGAGUGUUACGGAGAAAUGUUCUCUGGUUGUAAAGAAGGUCACAGAGGAGGAUGUCGGCCGUUACACCUGCAGACAGUUGGAAUCAGAACGUGAAGAUGCUCACGUUUUCCUGUCUGUUAUCCACAUGACUGAACAGAAGGACGCUGAUGAGGUGAUGUUACACUGCUCUGUGUCGACAGAUGAUCAUUGUAGACACACAGUGGAGUGGCUGUAUGAGGGGAAAGAUGGAGAUAUAAGAUACACAGAUAUGCAGAAAUCACACUCUGAGUGCUCUGUUAAUUUGACAUUUCCGACAACUCCUCUCAAACUGAAGCCAAAGUAUCAUAAAUUGUUCAAGUGUGAAGUGACAGAUGCUGAGACUAAAAAAGUGAAGCUGUUUCCUUUCAGCCCUCGGUCCUUGGGUGCGAAACCAGGUGCACAGACAGCAUCUGCAACAACUUCAUUACUAUUAACAAUUGAAAGUGAGAGCAACAAAACAGAGCCUGAUAUCAGUGAUACUUCAACAACAACACAAGGUUGGUUGAGGUUCAUCAUUGUGUCUGUGGGUUUAACAGUACUCAUAAUAACUGUUGUGGUGGUCUAUAUAUGGACAAGAGCCAAAGGCAACAAAAGCCAGAUGGAUGGCAAUGAUGAGCGUCAUGAUGAAGAUGAAGGUACAGUGACCUAUGAAAACGUUGGAGAACCUUCUGUUUCUAUCAGACUCCACUGAUCAACAACUUCAAUAUCAACUCACCA